ACUUGUAAUUUAUGCAUCGACACGAAGUCAACAGUAUUUAUAAAAAACUAAAAUUUUAUUCUUACCAUCAGUAAUAGUAUUUUUUACAAACAAGAAGAACGUAAAGGUCUUUACAAGAGUAAAUCAUGUGGUUAUCAAAAGUGGUAUCGAUUUUAGUCUACAUAAUAUUUAUGAAUAUCUGUCUAGCUAAAUCACGAGACGAAAAAUUUAAUUUUGAUAGAGGUCAGUUUGUUCUUAUAGGAGAAGCAGGACCGGAAAACGAGUUUCGAAAUCUAAUGCAAGGUGAAUUAAUUCAUCCUCGAGCUGUUCUUACCGUUUCUGAUGAUUCACUAUAUGAAGCCGGAUCACUGGAAAUUAAAAUCGGUGUAUCCAAAAUGCACCAUCACUCUACAUUAGAAAUUGUGAGGAGUGUAAAAGUGAUUAAUAUCGUAGAAUUACCAGAAACUUCAAAGAUAGUUUUGCUAAUCUUAGAAGAAGAAAUAUUGGAUGUAAAAUUAAUUAACUAUAAACACACUUCAUAUGACGAUCAAUAUAACGAAUGUAAAUUGAUUAAAGUUGGAUACGUAGAACUUAAUUUGGCCGGUAGUGAGAUCACUCCUUUUCUUCUAAUGAAGGAAAAAAACAUUCAGUUAUUGAGUCACAUGCCUGAUAAAGGCUGCCCAUCUGACUUAAAUAAAAUAAUCGAUUUCAAAAGUUCGCUUUUUACUGAUUAUGUUUAUUGUAUAAAAGAAACUAAAAAAUUAAAUUGUCGUAAUAAUUAUCCAGGAGCUUCUUUAGUUUGUCAAGACCACGAUACAAGUGAAUUCUACUUAGCUGGAGUUGUCAUUGGAAAAAGUCGUUGCAAGUGGAUGCUUAUAAAUACUCCGAAAUUACACGCAUCUAUUGAGGAUCAUUUAAAAACUAUUCAAUAAGUCCAUUCUCAGAUAUUGCCCCUCACUUUUUGAAAAUUUUCAAUUGCUUUCAACUGUUAUGAGCGAUUCAAAAUUUUGUUAAUUAAUUAAAAAAAAAAAAAAUGGAAGCAUUAAUAAAAAAAAUGAUGACGUAGUCUAAAAUCUUCAUGUCAAUUUUAUAACUCGAAUUUUCAAAUUUUUUAGGCUAAAAUUUAUUGAACCAAUUUUAUGUAACCCCUAAUUGAUAAU